AUGGCAGCCUGCUUGAUUCUGCUGAGGACUGCUGGCUCUUUGCCUUUGAAGCGUUUCGUGAAUCACCCACGCGAAGUUGUGGCUGAUGCGCUGGAGGGAUACCUUUGGACGCACCCCAAUGUGCAGCUCCUGGAGGGAUACCCUGAGGUGAAAGUGCUGGUGUCGUCCUCCUGGUCCCGCGAGUGUGGCCGCGUUGCUGUGCUUUCUGGGGGAGGUUCCGGCCAUGAGCCCGCAGAUGCCGGGAUGAUCGGCGACGGGAUGCUCACUGCCGUGGUUUGUGGCGAAAUUUUUGCCUCGCCUUCCGCUUAUGCGGUGGCACGCGCGCUCGAGGCCAUCACGGGUAGCGCUGGCGCGAUCGUGGUCGUCAGAUCGAAUGCAGGAACGCGGCUGAAUUUCAGGUCAGCAGUACGGGAAGUCCAGAGUCGUCUCCAUUUGCGGGUCAAGGUGGUUUGCGUGUCCGACGACGUUGCCACCAGCAAGAGGUAUGGUUCCCAUGCCGACUUUGCGCCUGCAAGAGGCAUUGCAGGCUCUUUGCUGAUUUGCAAAAUAGCUGGUGCUGCAGCGGCAGCAGGCCUUUCGCUGGAUGAGGUGUAUGAGGAAACAGCAGCCGCUGCAGCAGCGGUCCGGACGCAGGGGGUCAGCUUCAACUCCUGCAGCAUUCCGGGAAUGCUUCCUGGAAGACCUAUACCUGCAGACGAGAUGGAGGUGGGCUUGGGCAUCCAUGGUGAACCCGGCCUUCGCGUGAAGGCUACAUCUAGCACAACCGCGAAGGAGAUUGUGGAGACCAUCAUGUCUCAGCUUGCAAUCCACGUCCCUCGAAAAGUGCCGCUGUGCGUCAUGCUCAACAAUCUUGGAUCUGUUCCGGAGAUCGAGAUGCAGCUUGUUGCGGGCCAGGUCAUGAACUCAGAGCUCGGCCGCCGGAUCAAGCUUCUGAUCGGUCCCGCACAUCUGAUGACAGCCCUAGACACGAAUGGCAUAUCCAUCAGCGUUCUGCCACUGGAGGAUCCGGACUGCAAUACUUGUGGAACAAGUCUUGCCCUGGACAGACGGCGAGAUGACCAAGUCGACCAAGCUGGGCAGUCCGCAGACGGAACUGGAAGAAGGCGCUCCAAAAGCGUCCACUUCCGUGAUGAGACUCCGGAAACAAAAGAUUCCUUCGUGCAGAUCUUUUUGCCUGAGCAGUGCGACUGUCCUGAUGCGCAAAGCCAGUGCAUCGACACCGGGGCUGCCGAGACCAGCGCAAAGGCAAGCGAAGUUCGUUUUCCGGAUAUUCCGGAAGAGGGGCAGGCUGAGGAGGAUGAGUCUCUGGACGAGGAUGCGGAGGCGUGUGACUGUGAGAACCCUGAGCCUUCACAGCGAGCCAAGCGGCUGCUGGCUCCGACAGACUGCACUGGCUGGAAGGCCGCGGUAAUCCCACGGAAUCCUCAGAUCGUCAAGCGACAUGAUCCCCGGCCAUUGCUUGCAGUGCGGGGGAGAUCUGCAUCGAGCCGCUUCGCAGACUCUGAGCACCCAGUGGUUCGCGCUAUGCUGACCCGUGCCUGUCAAGCAAUCCUGGACAGCGAGCGCGAGCUGAACGCCUUGGAUGCAGCAGCCGCGGACGGCGAUUUGGGUCGGAACAUGGCCAGAGCCGCACAGUUGAUCUUGGGUGCCUUGGCUGACGGCCACCUUCCCAUGGCUCGUCCAGCUUUGCUGUUCCUGCGGCUGGCAGACAUUAUGCGGGGCGUUGACGGAACGCUUUCAGCUUUGAUGUCGGUCUUUUUUGGCAGAGCCGGCCGCUUCUUGUCACACCGCCGUGCCAAGCAGCAAAAGAAAGCCAAAGCGCGCAGGAAUAGAAAGCGCUGCUUGAACCACAUGGGCUGGAAUGCAGCUGAUGUCUACGAUGCUUUCUGCGCUGCCGAGAGGGAGGUGGAAGAAGUUGGCGAGUGCUCAGAAGGAAAGCGCACCUUUCUGGACGCAUUGGUGCCAGCUCUACACGUAAUGGGCGAGGCAGUCAAGCGGCCGACUGAUGGUGCCGAAGGUGGGGAGCUCCUGCUUCCACUGGACGAAGAUGAUGAUGAAAGUGACUGGAAGAGCACGCCCUGCUAUGGUGGAUUCAUCAAUGACUGUGGCGAGAGCAUCUGUGAUGGCGGGGCAAUGGUUGUGGCAGUCCUUCUCACCGCCAUGGCAGGGCCGGCUCAGGGUUUGUUACAGGUAGUGGACGACGACAAGGUCAAGGACACCCUGAAGCUCGGAGAAACUGUUGGGCGUGGAUCGUUUGGAACGGUCUACGUCGCAACGAUGGCAUCGGGUGGUACGCAAGUAGCUGUCAAGAUCAGCAAGCGAUCGAAGGAGAGUGGGCCAAAGAGCUUCGGUGAUUUGGAUUUCUUGGAUCGGCGAAUCGUCAGUAACUGGCUGUUCAUGAACAAGCCGAACAUAACACGUGUUCAUCAGGUCAUGGUCAGUCCAACCUUUUUGUAUGUCAUCAUGGAAUACUUGGAUGGGCCGGACCUCUCUGAUUGGAUGCUAUCCGCGGAG